GACAGUGCGCAGGCGCGCCAGGAGGAACCGGAAGUGCGCGCGGAAGUGGAGCGGGGCCCUGUUAGGGGCGGUAACUGCAGAGUAAACAGAAACAGAGUGGUGCGUGAGUUUUUGUAGGCCUCUCCCGGACGCCAUGAGCCGGCUCCAGGAUGACUACGACCCCUAUGCAGUUGAAGAGCCUAGCGACGAGGAGCCAGCUUUGAGCAGCUCUGAAGAUGAAGUGGAUGUGCUUUUACAUGGAACCCCUGACCAGAAACGAAAACUCAUCAGAGAGUGUCUUACUGGAGAAAGUGAGUCCUCUAGUGAAGAUGAGUUUGAAAAAGAAAUGGAAGCUGAGUUAAAUUCCACCAUAAAAACAAUGGAGGACAAACUCUCUUCCCUUGGAACAGGGUCUUCCUCAGGAAAUGGAAAUGUGGGAAUAGCUCCAGCAAAGUACUAUGAUGAUGUAUAUUUUGAUUCUGAUUCUGAGGAUGAAGACAAAGCAGCACAGGUAACAAAGAAGAAAAAGAAGAGACGACACAGAAUUCUAACAAAUGAUGAAUUACUAUACGAUCCUGAUAAAGAUAACAGAGACCAGGCAUGGGUUGAUGCACAGAGAAGAGGCUAUCAUGGUUUUGGACUACAGAGACCACGUCAGCAGCAACAGCCGGUUCCUAACAGUGAUGCUGUCUUAAAUUGCCCUGCUUGUAUGACUACAUUGUGCCUCGAUUGCCAAAGGCAUGAGUCUUACAAAACUCAGUACAGAGCAAUGUUUGUGAUGAACUGUUCCAUCAACAGAGAGGAGGUACUAAGAUACAAAAACCCAGACAACAGAAAGAAGAGACGAGGCUACAAGAAGCUGCGAUCUAACCAGGAAGAUCCGAAGAAGCAGACCGAAGCUGAAGAAAUCUACCACCCUGUGAUGUGUGCAGAGUGUUCCACUGAAGUGGCUGUCUACGACAAGGACGAAGUCUUUCACUUUUUCAACGUUUUAGCAAGCCAUUCUUAAAUAGUGCAGUUGGCAUUUCAUUGUGCAAUACUGUGUAAAGGAAACUGUAUGGACCAGUUAUUUUCCUUCCUCCAGUUCAUAUUAUUAAGUGAUUUUGAGCUAUUACUUGAGGAAGCAAUAUUUUGUCUGUAUGCAAAAGAAUAGUUAUCAGUCUUCAUCUCCCUUUUUUAUUUAGCUUUAUGAUGCAUACUGAUGGGACUGAUUAUUCAUUUCCUUUAUGAUGGACAUUUGAAAAUAAUGGAGCUUUUUAUUUAUUAAAGCUCUUAUAGAAUUAAAA